AUGGAGUUUCGCAGAAUCCAAAGAGGUUUGGUAGAUCACCAAGGCGAUAGAGCAUUGCGCAACCGCCUCGUAGCGGCAUGCUCUGGGAUUACAGAACUUGAGUUCGCCCUAUAUCGACCUGUAGAGACUUUCGAAGGUGUCUUUAACGACAUGUACGGUGCUCUAGAUCAGAAAUCUCUGUCAAACCCAUUGUCUCAAUAUCACCAACAAAUGAACUACCCUAACCAUACAAAUUCAAAUGGCAUCCACAUGGCUGACUGCCACUAUAACACCGCACUAGACUUCAGCAGGCAAAGAGGCAAAAAUAGAGAAGAAAGGCAGAAAGCAUUUGACCGAAUUAAGCAAUGGUACCCUAUGAAGCCAGACACAGAGAUUAGGCAAUUCGUAAUCGAAGUUGAAGGAGAACGGCCGGAAGACAGCCUUGACAUAUUAUUGACAGAUUUUGAAUCCCAUUUAGAGACCAGGCCAGAUCACAACUCUGAUGACAAAAUUCUUCAAUCCGGAAACCUUGUUGAAGAAAUUGGUAGUGAGAACGCUGUAGCCUAUUUGAUUGACCAAACUAUUUUACACUCAUUUACAGCGCCUAGAUUAAAUAUCUCAGAUCAACCAAAAAUACAAAUAAUUCUAGCAAAUUCCGAGAUAUCUGAUUUAUCUGUUUCCAAUGCCACCAUUUUUGAUUUACAAAAAAUUCCCAGUAACAAAAUCAAAUCUUUUGAAUCAACCUAUGCUUUAGGAAACUUAACCACGGACAGAUACAAUGACUGUGUUUUUCACGGAUUACUUGUCGACACUGGCGCUGCAGGGAGGUCUACAGUUGGACUUGGCCAAUUUAGAGCACUCCAACAACUUUGUGGUGAUCUAAAGCUCGACAGGACACAAGCUGGCAAAGUCAACAUAUCUGGAAUCGGUGCAGGCAUAUUCUCAUCGAUCGGCGCAGUUGUCCUUAAUACACCUAUUGGCCAGAUUUCAUUUCAUCUUAUAUCUUGUAAUAUUCCUUUUCUUCUUGAACUAAGCAACAUGAAACGUUUUGGAGCAACGCCGGAUGUUGUAAAUAACAAGAUGCUUAAGCAUGGAAAGACUGUUGCACAUCUCUUUGAAAAGUACGGCCAUCUUUGGAUGACUUUGGGAUACUUCGAAAAUCUCUUUGUAUACGAGAACAAUGAACCUCCAAUGUGUCUAUUAACCGAGCAGGAGUUACAAACCAUUCAUUGUUGA